AGCAGCUGAAGGCUCCGCUGGAGGAAUACGUCAACAAGCGCUACCCCGGCCUGGUGAAGAUUGUCAGGAACCAGAAGAGGGAGGGGCUGAUACGGGCCCGGCUGGAGGGCUGGAAGGUGGCCACCGGAGAGGUGACCGGGUUCUUCGACGCACAUGUGGAGUUCACCCCGUCCUGGGCCGAGCCGGUUCUGGCCAGAAUCAAAGAGGACCACACAAGGAUUAUCCUGCCGUCCAUCGACAACAUCAAGCACGACACAUUCGAGUUGGAGCGCUAUGAGAACUCGGGCCACGGCUACAACUGGGAGCUGUGGUGCAUGUACAUCAACCCCCCUAAACAGUGGUGGGACGAGGGGGACACAUCGGCUCCCAUCAGGACUCCUGCCAUGAUUGGCUGCUCCUUCGUGGCCAGUCGCAACUACUUUGGCGAGCUGGGCCUACUCGACUCCGGCAUGGACGUCUACGGAGGAGAGAACAUCGAGCUGGGCAUCAGGGUGAGUGUGUCGCCCAGUUUCCUCUUGUUCCAGCUCUCUGUACCCUGUAGGUUAGAGUGGAGCAGCGUCCUGUCGUGUGGCCCCGCUGAUGAAUGA